AGCACCCCACUUUCCUUCACUUUCUCAUCACCAAUCCAAACACUUUCUCAUUCUCCCCACCAAUGGCUUGUUCAACCACUGCUCCUUUCAGAAUCAUCUCUUCUGCUUCUCCUGUAAAAUCCAUCAAUCCUUCACCAAAGAGUACUUCCCUUUUAGUACCACUCAAGCUCACUAAUAACCAAUCCCUCUGUUUCACACCUGAAAGCUUCAAUCUCCAUAACACCACACGCUACAACAGUCUAACAGUACCUAAAAGAUCAUUCACUUGCAGAGGCCAAGCUCAUGAUCACCAAUCUGAUGAUGAUGAUGAUCAUGAUCACAGACCCUCCAAAGUUCAAGAACUGUGUGUAUAUGAACUCAACGAGCUCGAUCGUGGCAGCCCAAAGUACCUUCGUUUAAGCAAGAAAUUCUGGGUCAAUUCUCUUGGUGAUCUUGUCCCCUUUACCAACAAAUUAUAUUCCGGAGAUUUGAAAAAACGGCUGGGAAUAACAGCUGGAAUCUGCAUAUUGAUCCAACACAAACCGGAGAAGAAAGGUGACAGAUACGAAGCUAUAUAUAGCUUUCACUUCGGCGACUACGGUCACAUAGCGGUGCAGGGACCGUAUUUGACCUACGAGGACACGUAUCUGGCUGUGACUGGUGGAUCAGGGAUCUUUGAGGGAGUGUAUGGGCAGGUUAAACUGCACCAGAUUGUGUUCCCUUUCAAGAUCUUUUAUACGUUUUAUUUGAAGGGGAUUAAAGAGUUGCCGGAAGAGCUCUUGGGGACGCCUGUGGAACCCAACCCUAAAGUUCAGGCCAGCCCGGCCGCGAAGGCUUGUGCUCCGGGUGCAACCGUUGCUAAUUUCAGUAAUUAAAUGGAAUUGUGGAUGGGUGUUUUAAGACAGAUAUUGGGCAAUAUUUGUAGAGGUUGCUCGAUAAGAAUGUAUUAAUAGUACACAUCUGGAUUGUGGGUUGAAUGGUGAAGGAAUAAUUACUUUAUAUCAAAAAUUGAAAACAAA